CCUCGGGACGGAGCCAUGCGGCGCUGGGCCUGGGCCGUGGUCGCGGUCCUCCUCGGGGGCCUUGGGGCCCGGCCGGAGGCGCAGAGGACGCAGCAGCCUGGCCAGCGCGCGGAUCCCCCCAACGCCACCGCCAACGCGUCGUCCCGCGAGGGGCUGCCCAAGGCCCCCAAGCCAUCCCAGGCCUCAGGACCUGAGCUCUCCGACGCCCACAUGACAUGGCUGAACUUUGUCCGGCGGCCAGACGACAGCGCCUUGAGGAAGCGGUGCGGAAGCAGGGACAAGAAGCCGCGGGACCUCUUGGGUCCCCCAGGACCUCCUGGGCCCCCCGGCCCCCCAGGACCUCCAGGUGCAGAAGUUACCCCGGAGACUCUGCUUCGCGAGUUUCAGGAGCUGCUGAAAGAGGCCACGGAGCACCGGUUCUCAGGGCUCCUGGACCCACUGCUGCCCCAGGGGGUGGGCCUGUGGCUGGUGGGAGAGGCCUUUCAUUGCCGGCUGCAGGGCCCCCGCCGGGUGGACAAGCGGACACUGGUGGAGCUGCAUGGUUUCCAGGCUCCUGCUGCCCAAGGCGCCUUCCUGCGAGGCUCCGGUCUGAGCCUGGCCUCAGGUCGGUUCACAGCCCCCGCGUCCGGCAUCUUCCAGUUCUCUGCCAGUCUGCACGUGGGGCUGUCUCCGCAGACCACAGUGAGCUGCAGGGCAAGGCCCGGCUGCGGGCCCGGGACGUGGUGCGUGUUCUCAUCUGCAUCGAGUCGUUGUGCCAGCGCCACAUGUCCCUGGAGGCCGUCUCAGGCCUGGAGAGCAACAGCAGGGUCUUCACGGCACAGGUGCAGGGGCUGCUGCAGCUGCAGGCUGGACAGUACGCUUCUGUGUUUGUGGACAAUGGCUCCGGGGCCGUCCUCACCAUCCAGGCGGGCUCCAGCUUCUCCGGGCUGCUCCUGGGCACGUGAGGGCGCCGAGGGGGGCUGGGCGAGGAGCUGCCGCCGGAUCCCGGGGACCCUCCCACUGAUGCCUGCGGUCACCACAAUAAAGAGCACGCCGCCCUCGGUGUUGCCUGGAUGUUUCACUGGGGGUGGAGGCCAGGCUGCCAAGGUUGGCAGAGGAUGGGUGCGGGCAGAAGGGUGCUGUUCACAUGAGAGCCUGGUAGUCUGGAGUACGGGCUGUGGAGCCUCCCUCGGGCCCAACUUGUCUGGCCUGGGGUUAUGGUGAUGGCCAGAGGCUGGGCUCUGCCCUGGCAGCCCCUGCAGGGGCAACAUCAAGCCUGAGGACAGGGACCACUGUCCAUGCCAGCACCACUCAGCUCUGCCCACAGCCUGUCCAGCCUUUGGGGAGGGCAGCAGGUCGUGGGGCACUGGAAGCACCAGAGGUUGGGGAGCAGCACAGUUCUGGGCCCUCGGGAGGCCUGCGUCCUGUGGGGGGUUCUGUGCAAGAGGACGUGCAGGCCACACACGGGACUGCGUGCUUGUGUGCCCUG